GUUCGAGUCAUCAAUUCAAGAGCUCAUCUCACCCGCAACAAGCCAGAUUGAAGCUAAACUAGUCAAGAUGAUGAUCAAAGUAGCUCUUGUGCUCUGUGCUAUUGUGGCAACCAGUAUGGUGUGCGCAAAGAAUUUUGAAGAGCAAGAUGCAUUGGACACUUUGCUGAAUAUGAUGCUCUCGGAGGAAGUUGCAUCUCCUGAUGACGCCGUAGCCUUGCAGAGCUGGUUCAGUCGCGCGGUUCAUAAAGUAAGUCAUGCAGUUAGGAGUGGCAUCCACACUGGACAGGGCGUGUGCUCGGGGCUUGGUCUUUCUCCAGAAGAAGCUCGCGUUAAAAUUCUGUCUGCGGUCCCAGAGAUGAGAGAAGAGGAUCUCAGCGAAGAGGAUCUUCGAGCGAUCUGCGCUGGUGCACAUGCCCUUGGCCGUUAGACUCGGAAGGGAUCGUGAUACAACAUUUGGAACGCUUGAUGUCGAUUCUUCCUCAAGAAACAAUGAAAUAAAAGCAAGGAAU